UAAGGGGCGGGCCUUGGCGAUGAUUGACACGUCUGCUUUGAGCCCUGGCCAGACCCUCGUUCUGUGAGGACUGUAGUGGAGAUUUCUUUUGGAGGCGUUCGUAGUGGGACGCACGGUAUUAUAUUUGGGGAGGAGAACACGGUGCGAGACCACGUUUGGAGAAAAAAGUUCCCCACACGCAUCGUUGGAAAUCUCAACAGGUCGACCUGUCACCAUGACAACGGAAGCAGGCUCUGAGACAGAGGUGAAGGAGAAAGCGGAGGAGUCGGCCGCUCAGCCGGACCAAUCAGAGAAGGCCACGCAAGAAACCCAGGAAGUAGCUAACGCCGAGGGAGAGGAGAAGGAGAAGGAGAAAGAAAAGGAAAAAGAGGGGAAGGAAGGCAAAGGAAUAUCCCGAUACCUGCCGACAUGGCUUAAGAAGCAGAAGUCUCAAAGCCAGACCUCCCCGACGAAGGAGGUCCCAGCGACAGAAGAACCCGUCAGCAAGGCGACGCAGGAGGAGCAACCCCCUGCCCCGGAGGUGAACGGCCACGCCGAGGAAGUGGAAGAGAAGGAGGAAGUGAAAGCCGAGGAAGUGAAGGAAAAAGAGGCUGAAUCCCAUUCCAACGCCAGUGCAGACACUGAGCCUGCCAAGGAGGAGAAGGUGGAAGAGAGUGCAGAGAAAAGUCUGGAAGAGCCCAAGGAGGCCACGGAAGAAGCAGAAGAGCAGGAGAAGAAGGAGCAGGAGUCGGACAAACAGUUGGAGGCCGAAGAGCAGGGAGGCGAAGGCCAUACCUCCAUUUUCCAGUCUCCUCUUCGACUGGUGAGGAAGAACAAGAUGAAGCUGGUGGUGUGUCACGUGACCCUGCUGGAUGGGACCGACUUCACCUGUGAGGUGGAGAAACGUGCCAAAGGUCAGUACUUAUUCUUCAAGGUGUGUGAGCAUCUUAAUCUCCUGGAGAAAGACUACUUUGGCCUGAUGUACAAGGACGCUCACGAACAGAAGUGCUGGUUGGACCCCACAAAGGAAAUUAAGAGGCAGAUACGCAGCAACAACUGGCAGUUUGCAUUCAACGUGAAGUUCUACCCCCCCGACCCGUCGCUGCUCACCGAAGACAUAACGAGGUACCUGUUGUGUCUGCAGCUCCGUGAAGACGUGGCGUCGGGACGUCUGCCUUGCUCCUUCGUCACUCACGCUCUCCUCGGCUCAUACACGUUGCAGGCAGAACUGGGCGACUAUGAACCUGAGCAGCCUCGCCCGCUCGACUACAUCAGUCAGCUCAACUUUGCGCCCAAUCAGAACAAAGAGAUGGAGGAAAAGAUCCUGGAACUCCACAAAUCCCACAGGGGAAUGACACCUGCACAGGCCGACACCCAGUUUCUAGAAAAUGCCAAGAAGCUGUCCAUGUAUGGAGUGGACCUGCACCACGCUAAGGAUUCAGAGGGUGUGGACAUCAUGCUAGGUGUGUGUGCCAACGGACUCUUGGUUUACAAAGACAGGCUUCGGAUAAAUCGUUUCGCCUGGCCCAAAAUCCUCAAGAUUUCAUACAAGAGGAACAACUUCUACAUUAAGAUCAGGCCAGGAGAGACGGAGCAGUUUGAGAGCACAGUGGGAUUCAAGCUCCAAAAUCACCGAUCUGCCAAAAAGCUUUGGAAAGUCUGUGUGGAGAACCACAGUUUUUUCAGGUUAAACGCACCUGAACAACCCACCAAGGCGCGCUUCCUGACUCUGGGCUCCAAGUUCCGCUACAGCGGGCGAACUCAGGCUCAGACCCGCCUGGCCAGCUCCCUCAUAGACCGGCCCGCCCCCAGCUUCGAACGCACCUCGUCCAAACGCAUCAGCCGCAGCUUGGACGGAGCGCCUGUGAUCAGCAUAACUGAGGCCGGCGCUGAGAACGGGCACGAGCCGCGCUUAGAUCUCCACUCCGACUCCAAGAGUCCAAUGAGAGUGCAUGGGGACAAUAUUUAUGUGAGGCACAGUAAUUUAAUGUUGGAGGACCAUGAUAAGACCCAGGAAGAGGUUCUGAAACACCAAGCUAGCAUUAGCCAGCUCAAACGCUCCUUUAUGGAGGCGCCGCCUCCCUCUCCUCCGCAGCCCAACCAGUGGGAGAAGCGUCUCACCUCUUCUCCCGCCGCCACGAUACGCGUUCAGCAGCAACAAGUGAGCCUGGAAGAGGAGAUAGCCUCUAUACUUUUCAGUAGACGCUCAGACACUGGAUUUCACUCGGCGGCCGAGGCCACCUGCAGUAUUCCCCAGCCAACACUAGAUGCUGUCGUAACCACAUGUUCGGCAGCCGCUCCCGCCUCCUCCGCCGCCGUCUGCAGUUCUCCUCCUCCUCCUCCUCCGCAAAGGCUUCUUAUUUCCCCACCUGCUUCUCUCUCUGCCGCUGAGGUCAGCGAGCCCCAAACCGAAGCAGCUCCAGCCGAUAACACAAUCUCUGAUACCAAAGAACCUGCGAAGACACCCGAGGUUGAAAUCGAGGAAACUGUUGUGGUCCAGGAGGUUUCCCGAGCGCCCAAACCUGAGCCUGUCACAGUGACAGCCGGCGCCCCCGCCGGCGCCCCCGCCGGCGCCCCGGCAGAAAACCACGCCGGGGAGCAGGAAGUGAAGGCCGAAGAGAAAGUAGUGGUAGUGGAGGAGGCAAAGCCAAAGCAGCAGGAGAGCAUUUCAUCAGACAGCGAGAGCGAAGAAGAGGCGGAGUACCACCCCAAUGUGUCCGUGUCCAUCUCCCACACACAAAUACCAGAGGAGAAGGAGGAAGAGGAGGAGCAGGAGAAGGUAGAGGAGGAGAGGGAGGCGCAGGUCGUGACCUCUGCCUCGGCCGAGGUCAGGCAGCCUGCAGAGGAGAUUAAAACAGAAGAGCAGGAGAAGAAGAGCGUAGAGGAGACGAAGCGUGAGGCGGAGGAAAGCACCGACGACCCCAUGGUGACCCCCGACGAAGCCCCUAACGGCCACACCCUGCCCGACGCGGGCGUGACCGCCGACGGAGGGGAGGAGCCUAAAAUGAACGGCGAAGCCUCACUGGCCGAAGCAGAGCCCCGGCCACAGGUUAUUUGUUGCUCAGAGCCGCCCGUGGUAAAGACAGAAAUGGUGACUAUUUCAGACACGUUUGCAGCCCAGAAAACUGAGAUAGCCACAAAAGAAGUGCCCAUCGUACAUACGGAAACCAAGACCAUCACAUACGAGGCCGCUCAGCUGGAUGGUAAUGAUGGCGAGCCCGGAGUGUUGAUGACCGCCCAAACAAUCACUUCCGAGUCUCUCUGCACUACCACGACGACACACAUUACCAAGACGUUAAAGGGGGGCCUGUCAGAGACCAGGAUCGAAAAGCGCAUCGUGAUCACCGGCGACUGCGACAUCGACCACGACCAGGCACUGGCCCAGGCCAUUAAGGAGGCCAAAGAGCAACAUCCUGACAUGUCUGUCACCAGAGUGGUGGUUCAUAAAGAAACUGAGCUGGCUGAGGAAGAGGAUUGACUGAACCCAGAGUUGAAGUGCGCGUCUCGACCGUUCCCCCACCCCGUUGACAUCCGACGACCUUCACGACCCGACGACGAGCGACCCUGACCGACAGAAGACGAGGAGAAAUGGAGGAGCCGACGACCAGGAGGAGGAUUCGAUUCAGACAAAAACAAAAAGGACCGAAGCUGCCACUCUCUUCCCGAGCGGUCUCUCUCACGCAUCUAAAUUUCCUCCACACAAACUAAGAAAAAAAGAAAAUAACAUCUUCAAUCCUUCUGAGGGAACAAAAAGAACCACUUUGUUAGCUUAACAUUUGUAGUUUGUUUUUAUUUUUAUUUUUCUUAGUGAUUUUUGUUUAACUGUUUUACAGAAGAGAGAGAAGCUUAGUGCGUCUGUCACGUAUUGGGAUACACUGACGGCCGCUCAUAAUGAGAUUCAAAGUUCGAAAUGAUCAUCGUAUUGUAGUGGUCAUAUAUUUUUUUUUUUUUUUUUUUUAAUUUUGUGAGCACCAGCGACCUUCUGUAAAACAAUCCGGCUGCCAUUGUUAAAGAAAACCUUUAUCUCCGUCACUAUUGUCAAAUUCAAAGGACUGUCACACUCACGAUGCGGGUCUUUACACAUGAAUGAAGCUCUUGCCAAAUGAAACGAUCGGUUUUUCUUCAAAAAUGUUCAAUUACAGUGGCGUAAACGGGAAUAAUAAUGUUACCAACUUCCCUAAAAUCUGAAUAAGAAGCGGCAGUACAGGAAAACAGGGGACACAGUGUGAUUUGUUUUGUGUUUUUUUUUUUUGUUGUAAGAAAAUCCAACACACUAACUCACUCUCACACAUUCACAGUCAGAGGAACGGUUGGAAGCGGCUGUGUCCCAAACGUCACUUUUUACUAAUGAUUAGAGAAAAGCAGCAGCUGUAACUUCAAAUGUUCAUUACAGAAUAAUCAUUUUUAAAGACUUCGUCUUCCCUCUCCCUGACGGUGUACUUCACGUUCAUCCACACUCCUGGAGUGUGACGAGCAGCAGACUGGGUUCAUUCUCACUCAGCACACUGGGCGGCCCUCACAGGGACAAUGGAAGGAAACUUAAUUGGGUUGAACAAGCUCGACACAUUGGGAACAAAUUCAUUUGGAUUUAUUUGUGAGUUGUUUUUUUUUUUUUUUUUUUUUUUUUUACUGCAUUUUAGCUUCAAGUUUUCUAAAAAUCGUAAUGAAUUUGAUCUGAGGAUGAACCAAAGCGAGCAGCUCCGCGUUCGCCCCGCUCUCCCUGGACUCGCCCGCCGUACGACACUAACCAUUCCCGGGAGAGCGACGCUGACGUUCGAUUGGGUGGGAGGACUGCUGACCUGAAGGAUAAUUGGGAGAGUGCCAACCAACAACUUAGAGAAGGAAAGAAAAAAAAAAAAGCUUGAAUAUUGAUGCAGGCUGGCCUUUGGAAAUGGCACGCUUCAGUUCUGCAGAUCUGCAAUUUAAAUGACCGAGAAAUGAGCUUCUUACCGUGAUGAGCACAGGUACCAGAAACAGGACGUGCAGUCCUAGCUACUUGGAAGCGCUUCUGUCCCAAACUCAAACGUGUGUUGACACAUUCGUAUCUUUCCGGCGCGAGCCUGGAUGGCGUCGAGUGGUUUGAGAGUGUGUAGAUAACAGGUGAUCUCAGCUGCAUACAGAUGUAACCAUCCGGCUGUGUGGCGACGGUUCUACCAGACGGUCCACUGCAUUGUUGUGAUUCUGCGCGUUUCCUUGACAUUUGAUUUCUUAUUUUCGGAUAUCGCACCACUGGAAUACACAACACUCCGAGUCUGCUGCAAACAGAUGUGGAAGAGUGACGACGCAGCAGAAUCUGGCUGUGUGUAAAUACUGGCGGCAUUUCGUGUUUUGCGACAGGAUGUGUAGUCGAGGGAUGCACGAUACCGAUGUUUGAUGUCCGCUUUCGAUCAGUCUGCACCGACUGCGGUGAAGGAAGGACACGGGUCAGCCACGCACACUCCAGCGGUUUGCAGAAACACGCUCCGGCUUCAAGCUUUUUAAACAAGUGUGAUUUUAUUCGUGCGAAUGUUCGCUCCAGGCCAGUAGUUUACUUUCAUCUCCUUUACGGCGCCACACGCUGAUGUUAUCGUGCAUCCCUAAUGCAUCACGGUGACACAUUUUCAGUGUGAGCAGCUACAAAUUCCGAGAAAGCGCCACACAUUUCUCUGAAAGAAACAUUCCAUUCAGCCUGUGUAGAUUCAAUCACAUCCUCCUUUUUCUGUCUGCGGACAUCAGUACAUUUUAAAUGAAAGACAACUGUAUUUGCUUUUUUUUUUUUUUUUUUUUUUUUUUUUUUGGGGAGAGGAAAAAGGACAUAGAUUAAAGAAAAUAAAGAAAUUAAACUGCAUGACUUUAUGAAAUAUGCUACCCGAUCCCGUUUUUUAAAAAAUUCUGUGUGAACCAAAACGUGUCCGGCAAACGGGGACGGCCUCUCCAUCGGGGAAACGCCGGCCGGGUUUGAACUUGUGCUAUGCAGUUAAAUGACAUUCCACGAGGGGGGACGCUUUAACCUCUAACCCUCUGACAAAGACACAAAAGCAGCAGUGAAACAUUUUUUAACGAGUGAACCGUGCAACACUAGGCAGCUUCGGACGCUUUCGCUGUUCAAAAAGAAAAAAAAAACACA